AUGUCGUAUAUCAGCUGCCUCCACACGCAGUGGAAGCAUCAGAACAACACCAUCAAGACUCUCAACCUGGAGAUUAACCCGUAGAUGUAUUGGUCAUUCGCAAUCUCGUGGACGGCCUCAAAAGCCUAUCUAUAGCUUGUCAUAAGCUGCCCUAAUAUCUCGCUCGGGCGUGUGGCAGGACACUCUCGCCACCACGAGACUCCAACCAAACAGAGACACUGAUCUCAACGUCCUUGAACACAAGUCCAUUGAUAACUAUACGGUCCAUACCUACCGGAUCGUCAGUUCCCCUUCUAGCUACGCUUAUAUCUGCAACAAUCGUUAUUCACCCAAGAAAUUGCAGACCGGAAUAUCGAGUUCAUUUCAUACCUUGCUUUGCCGCGAACACGCGAUACUUGUAUCGUUUUGGCUUGUUGGACGUGGCACGAGCAGGCGAUGUUGAUGGUGUGCAUCCCUGGUGUAGGUCCACGAGCAAGCGCUGCUGAUGCUGAGAGCAGCGUCGUUUGUGGCCGUGCCUUUUAUCUUAAGCUAGGAUGAAGAUAGAGAUCAGAAACAUAGGUAUAUGGAUAGUGGGCAGGUUGGAAAAGAGACUCCAGAGCUGUGAAAACCUAAACUAUUAUUACAAGUACAUCAUACACCACCCAAGGCCUGUUCCAUUAUCUCCAAGCCCCACUACCAUCAGCGAGCUGUCAUCUUCUUGAUUCCCUCUUCCAUCAGGUCAACAGGUUCCUGAUCAAACCCCGG